AUGUAUAUAUCUUUAUCCAAUAUCCUGUUUCCCAUCCGAUCCCUUCCAGAUAAAUUGAUACCGGUGUCUGCGGCCUGCAUCGAUAGCAGAGCAUUCGAAGAUAGUGAAAGAUUCAUUAAACUUAUCACCGACCUCGGUCGUACUUUAUUGACAGAAAUCGCACACCAGAGUUUACCACCGUCAGGCAUCCCUUUACUAGUCCCAAAAUUAAUUCACGAAAGGGCCUGGCAAACGAGUCCGGAGUCAUUCAUGUUACCCAUUGAAGUGUCCUUAAACGAGUACGAACAGACCUUUUCUUACAUGCGUUGGUAUCGAUACGAGGAACAAUUCCACGUUUUAAAUUCAUCGUGUGCUUUACACGACGAGGUAAAAGAUAUUGCUACAACAUCGUGAGGAGUAUUU